AUGCUCGCCCUUCGUUCAUUGCGCCAAACACGCGCCGUCCCAUCUCUGCGUGCCCUCUCGACAUCCGCGGUCGUCCGCGACCCCAAACUCAAGGACCUCCUUGGCAAGUUCUCGGACCCAUCUUCACCCUUCUACCUCGCUCCCGGGGAGGUCGGCCCCGCCUCGCCUGAUGAUCACACCGUUGCGCGCGCUCUCCCAGGGCAGGAGCUUGAGGCGGCCGGGUGGACGCCUCCUGUUGUAAACCCCGAUGGCGACAGUGUCGACAUGGCCCCGCACCUCGACCCAAAGUUGAACCGCACGCGUGCAGCCAUUCACGAGUGGUUUGACUCCAACGGGUUUGAUCCCAAGGGUCGUCUCGAGUGGCCAGUUGCGUGGGGCGAGCAAGACAUGUUUGCCCACGUCAACAACGUGAGCUACGUCAGGUACCUGGAAUCGCAGCGCAUGCGUUGGUGCCAGACAUUGAAGGAGGACAUGGGUCCCGAGCUCACCGACGACUUUAUGAACGGCAGGCGAACGGGCUGGAUCCUCAAGGACAUCUCAGUGCGGUACAGGUACCCAGUGACCUACCCGGACACGGUCCUUAUGGCUGCCAAGAUUACCAACAUUGACCAGAAGCGCGCGACGUUCCACAUGUCUUCAGCAAUCUGGGCCGUCAAAGCCAACAAGCUGGCGCUCACCUCUGAUGCGACCAUGGUUGUGUACGACUAUGACAAGCUCACCAAGGGUGUCAUGACCGACCACAUCUACGACGUGCUCAAGAAGCGCGCCGGCGAGGUGUAA